CCGAUGUACCAUUCAAGUUCUCGGUUGGCGGUAAGAAAUAUACUGGGGUUGCAAGGGGACAAGGCGAGGGCGAGAUCACGAGGAAACGUUCAUAGGGAAGUAGUAAGCUUGCAUGUAUACGUUGCAAGAAUGAAUGAGGAUAUCUAGUUUUUGGUUAUGAGCCUGAACGAGAGUUGGGCGUUUCACUGAUAGAGAUUCACACGCUCUUCAUCCUGCUCUUCGAUGUUCAAAUAUUUCGCUCUGCUCUCAAGAAGUCACAAAUCAAAAAGCACAAGCUAGAAUAAUGCCUGUAACAGGCAUCCAUGUUCUUCUCGCGAAAAGUUAUAACGGAAAAUGACCUGGUUGAUCUUCAUGGCAAGGUAGCGCUUGUGACUGGUGGAAACACUGGAAUCGGCUAUGCUACGAUCGAAUUCCUGGCUCAGAAAGGUGCCAAGGUGUAUAUGGCCUCCAGAAAUGAAGAGAAGGCGCAGAACGCUAUCAAGGAAAUUGAAGCCAAGUUAUGGAAGAGUAGUGGAGAGGGAGAGAACAAGGGAAGCGUUCAUUGGUUCAAGCUCGAGUUGUCGGAUCCGCGUUCAGUGAAGGAGGCUGGGACGGAGUUUUUGGUGAACGAAGAAAGAUUGGAUAUUCUCGUGAACAAUGCCUCUCAUGCUGCGUUUGGUCCCUAUAAGCUCAACGAGGAUGGUCUCCUGGAUGUCAUGGUCGUCAAUUAUAUCAGCCACUUUGUUCUUACCGAAACUUUGCUUCCGCUUCUCAAACGUACGGCAGCUCUCGAGAAUUCAGAUGUUCGCAUUGUCAAUCUCUCCUCGGUCUCUCACACCCUCAUGAAACCGGAUUCGUUCGUCGGAAAGGACAGUAUCAAUAAGCAAUACGGCGAUUCCAUAUCUGGUCAUCUCCAUACCUAUGAAAACACCAAACUCGCGAAUAUUCUUCAUCUAAAACACCUCCAAACACGUCUCAACGCCGAAUCAGCAGGUAUUACAUGUCUCGUGGUCCACCCAGGCGCUGUAAUGACUGUCGGCGUCACCGGUUUCUUCCAAUCCAUCCCGUUCGUUGGAUGGUUCCUCAAAACCUUCCUCGCCCCGCUGUUUCUCGUGUCGUGGAAACAAGGAGCUAUGACUUCGGCGUUUGCAGCUGCUGGGAAGGAAAUUGCUGCUUCUAGAAAAAGCACGGACGAGGCCGAGAGGAAGAAGUAUGAGGGUGCGUAUUUGACGCCUAUAGCGAAUAUAUCGGAGCCGUCGACGUAUGCAAAGGAUGAGAGGCUACAGCGGGAGUUGUAUGAGACGACGAUGGAGGUCCUGCGAGAGGUAGGAGUUGUGUCGUAGCUUAUUCCCGUACAAAUGUAUUACCAACUUCGGACCUUUCGAUGGGUACUGUUCAUUUGUGCGUUAGUAUUACGUUCACCUUCAACGUUUAAUGUCGACAGUGUGUUAUUUGAAUAGAUCCAACUCAAAACC